AUGAAAAUGUUACUGAUAGUAAGUUGGACAUUGAUUUUUUGUUUUUUUUCGAAACAAAAAAGUUCCUAGACCCGUUCAACUUUCCCUGGCUGGAAAAUGUGCCGAAAUUGGAGUUCACCACGUCGAAACCCAAUUUUCUGAUUGAGGAGAUGAAAAAGGGACGGAUUCCGCGACAAUUGAUGCCGUUCGUCAAUUUGACAGCUGUUGAGGAGCUCAAAAAAGUGCAUAAUGAUGUGAGUUUGAGGUUUUUGGCGCUUUUUUGCGGGAAAAAAAACACAAAUCUUAAGACACUGGACUUUAUAAUUCGAGACGAGGACGUGGCAGACAUGCCGGAUGACGAUGGGCUUUCCGACGAGUCGCGCAGAGUCAAUACUUUGAGCCACGACGGAAAUAAAUCGAUAAUAACCAUUUCGGAUGAGGCGAGGGACGAUUUGUACAAACAUUGGAUGGAUCAGAGCCUCGCCGGACUCAUGGGCGCCGUCGUGACAGAAGUGUGAGUUUAUAAUAUUCGUCGUUUCAAAUUUGGGGCCUCAAAUUCUAGGAUCAACAAGCGAAAGAUGUCGAAGGCGGAGAAGAAGGAGCACUACACGUGUAUCCACGCGUCGAAGAAUGUGACGGCGCACGCAAAGUGUGUCGUGAUUGUGUUGGAUCAGUUGAAGAGGAGAAAUGAGAAGUUGAAGGUGUACAGUACUCUUUCGGCCAAGUGUAAGCUUCGAAUCGUUGAAUAUAUGAGCCAAAUGGAUCUAGCUUUGGAAAAUCUUCGGUUCAAAACGAUUUAUCUCAUUUGUCGUUGAAAAUUUCAAAGAGUUGUCAACUGAUAAAAUGUGCGCAAUGUGUUUUUGAGUAAUUUAUCAGUUGACAACUUUUUGAUAUCUCUUACGGUAGUUGAGAUAUACAGUCUUGAAUGAACGCUUUUUUUGGCUUGAUUUUUAAAGUUUGAAAUUGGAAAUUAACCGCCAAACCCCAUUUUUUCCAGUGAACGCUCAUCGAAAACAGAACCGUACCUUGUCGGCGCUCUACAAAUCCUCGCUGCUGAACCAAUACGACAAGUACGUGAAAAGCGGCGGCGAAGAGUUGCGAGUGAAGCGCCAAACGCGCGGCUUCACAAUAUUCGACGAGAUGGAGAACAAGAGACAGGCGGCGAUCAGGGAGCACGUGACGGCGAGGAAGUCGUACACGAUCCGCGAGCAGAAGAGCCUCAGCCCGUUGGCGGUCAUCGCGCGCAAGUUGACCGAGCUCGUGAGGGCCGCCAAGAACACGAGGGAACCGCCAAAGAGGUGAGCAGCGGUAUUAAAAAGUUGCUCCUGAACUAUCAGGGACCAAGGUUCGAAACCAAAAUGGUCAAUGUACUGAUGAUAUACACAAUAUGUAGGUGUAAUGUGUCACGUUUUUGCGCGCAAAGGGAGAUCCCCCCCCGUUUAGAGAAGAAACAAAGAAGUGUUUCGGGCAGAAACCAAAGGUUGGAGGAUUGAAGAAAACGAUGAUAUCAUCGAGUGAGAACGGUUUUGAGAGGAAGUACACAUAAAAGAGGAAUGAUAUACUGUCGGCAGACAACAGAAAUCAAGAUUCAAAGGAUCAUGAGAGGAGUGUAAGUGAGACUGGGCUGCAUGUGUACAAAAUGAUUGAAUGCCAGUUGGAAAUGGAUAAUAUAAUGUGUGAUGUGUGUCAUGGGAUGUGUACACUUCCUAAGGAUAACGAUUUGCGGAUAAUAUCAUUGCGGCUUGGCAAACUAUUAAGAUGUAAAAGUUGUUGUAGAUGGCAACAAGUGAUACAAGAAAUCAAAGACGAAAGUUCGCGCAUCAAAGGAAAACGGCGCAACAAGGAGCGAAUGAAGCGCAAAUUCUCGAAAUUCGUGACGGCAAUGAAGGAGACGGGCCUGAAUGCAAAGUCGGCGUUGCAAAGUAUUGUGAGUGACAGGGUGGGGGGGGGGCAAGUCCGAAACGGUUUUAUUGCAGGGAAUGGACGAUUUGUUUGCCGACGAACCGAUUCUGAGCGAAAAGGAACAGGAUGAGCGCGAUGUCGAAGAGAUGAUGGCGACGAUGAGUCCGGAGGACAAGAUCAUGAAUGAACCCAUCAAACUGAUCAGGGAAGGUACGAUUUUCCGAAUGUUAGUGUAGCAAAUGUGUAGGGGGAAAACUACAAAAUACGCACCAGAUUUUACGCGAAAAAAAAGAGUCGUAAGCAGACCAGCGAUUUGGUUGCUUUUUAUCCAUUUUUUUAGGUCAUAUCUCUUUUGCAGCCAUCAAAAUCGGAAUGAUGGCGACGGGCAACAAAAAGGAGCGGCGGGCAUUGAUAAAAAGAAGAAGAUUGCCCUGUUAUCGCCGCAAUUUAUGAGCAUUCUGCCGGAUGAAGUGGCCAAUGAUACUGUACGUAAAGUGAUCGGAAUAUUGAGAAUUCCGGGGGGGGACAUUUCCUAAAUUUUGCAGUUAUCCCUUCUCUCUCCAUCGAUAUUGUCGCUCCACGGCGAAGGAUCGAUGCUGGACCGUGAGAUCAGUCUGACGAAAGCCCUCAAUCUGAUGGAAUCGACGGGCCAGGAGGAGUGGAUGAACUUUGUUCUCGAAGCUUCUGGAGUGACUGAAACUGUGGACAGAAUGCGCAAAACCGAGAUGGAAGAGGAAGAGGAGGAGCGGAAAAGAGAUUUUGUGGACAAAAAAGGACAGCCCAUGUAUUUCUCGAAAAAAAUGUGACCCAAAUAUAUGGGGAAUAUGAGGCGGGCAAGUUGGAUUUAUUGGAAAGUAUCUAUAAAUCGAUGGAUGAUCGCCAGGUUUGAUACUGACUUAUUCAAGACGAUGUAUCUCUGUUAAUAUUAUAGAUGUCAAAAAGUUGUCAACUAAUAAAAUGCGCACACUGUUUUUUUGAACAAUUUAUUAGUUGACCACUUUUUGAUAUCUCUUUCGGCAGCCGAGAUAUACAAUUUUGAAUAUACGGUAACGGGGUGUCUGAUCAGUUUUGUGAGUACUGUCUAUAAAUUGGAGCAUAACUUGAAAACUAAACAUUUUGUGAUAAAACGAUCAACUAAAAAGUUAUUCAGCAUAAAAUUGUACACAUUUUCUCAAUUGACAACAUUUUGAUAUCUGCACCGCCAAAUGAGAUACAUCGUUUUGAAUGAACUGCCCACAUUUAUCCUUGUUUUUUCAGAUGGAAUCUAUGAAUAAAACAGGUUACGCUAUUAUGGAUGAUGCCCAAUUGAUGAUGUUAUACGGUCCCGGAUCGCCUUACAACGAUUCCGAAACUCUCGAUAAAUUUCGAGGAAUAUCGCCAGAAAGUAUGCCCGAAAGGAUUCAGGAGAAUAUACGGAUGAUAGCCAGGGAGGAGAUGAAGUUCGAGAUAUCCAGAAAGGUAAUCCAAUGGCACUCGUGGAUAGACGUACUAAACAAUUGGUUCCUGGUUUCGAGAACGAGAUAAAGUCAUACUUUUGAUGACCAGGAACUGAAUGAAUGAUCGUAGGUGAAAUGUGUCUUGCUGACGUGUUUAUAACAAACACUUCCAUCUAGCACCAUGAUUUUCGGUGUCUGGUGGUGGGCUAGAAUUGGAUUUUACUCAAUUCCCUCCAAAUUUUGCACCUGCGAGGAGCCGAAUGUACUAUAGAAUUUCAGAAAGACCUCGUGCUGACUCCGACCAUUCUCACUUCGUUCAUCGGAGCUCCGGCGGCCGCGUCCCAAUCGAUAAUCCUGUCGCCGCUCGUGUUCGCACCGUUAGUACUCUCCCCAUCGAUCUACGGAAACGUCAUUCUGUCGCCGUGGGUCUUCGUGCCAGUCAUCGUCUCGCCACGUGUUUUGGGCGCCGUCGUCCUCUCGCCAAUCGUCUUCUCGCCCGUAAUAUUGUCCCCACUCUGUCUGGUCCCAGUUAUAUUGUCCCCCGGCGUCGGGCUCCCGCUCAUUCUCUCCCCAUUCGUUUUGUCCCCGUUCAUUUUGUCGCCGGUCGCUCUGUCGCCACUCAUCCUCUCGCCGUUCUGUUUAUCGCCGUUCAUCGGAGUGCCCAACCUGUUGACGCCAAUCAUUUUGUCGCCUUUCGUGCUCUCCCCGUUGAUAUUGUCGCCUCCGUUCAUUUCCGCGUUCGUGCUCAAUCCAUACGCGCUCUCGCCGGCGAUUCUGUCCAAUGGCGCCGUGUUCACUGCGGUUUUAUCGCCCAGUUGGUUGAGCACACUUUGA